ACUCGAACGGUCGGUUUAUAUUAGACGUCGUGGUGAUCGCGUGCAGAAUUGGCGAUUUUUUUCCUCCUCCAGUUUUGACCCUUAUCGAAGCGAAACUUUGCGAAUUUUGCCCUUAUCCGGUCCGAUAUUUGGAGCAGACGCAGGUGGCAGAAUCGAUUAGUUUGUUGGUUUUGGAAUACAUCAGGGUUCCUUGUUUCACGGGAAAAAGAUGAAAGAGAAGUUCUGCAAUAGAAUUAUUGAGUGUGUGCAGUGAGAAAGUGCAUCUUCCAGUCAGAAUUUUCUCUUCGCCUCAGGUUCACUCCCAGUUUGAUUAAACGUGAUUCGCUCCUGUAUGUAUGCAUUCAAACCCAUACUUCCCUGUUGUGAUCCUUGUGGGAGCAUGUACAGAGCGUGAGUGUUUGUGUCGGUAGUGGUGUGAUGGUCCUGUUUUGUUGAUAGUGGGUGCUGCUAGAAUGAGAUGAUGCAAGCAACCACUUUGGAGGAUGAAGUGCUGUGUUUAUCGGAAGUGAAGGAAAUAAAGGAUUCCGUUUCUCAGGUACGGUGUCGGUGCCGACUAAAUCUCAGUGAAGAGGAGCAAGCCUUUAAGCUGCGGUCCAUGACCAAAUGAGUGUGUAGGAAGAAUGAAAAAAAGUGGAGUGUGGUAGACAGUCAACCUGUUUUCUAGUGCAAUAAAGAAAGUGAUCAAUCAAAAAAGCGGUGUGUAAUUAUCACGGUCGGCGAAGGGGACGCAAAGCGCGACAUCUUCAGCGCUUCAGAGCAGCAACAUCAUGACAGAAAGAAAGUUUACCCGCGGGCUCAACAAACCCGGAAUGGCCGCCCAGCUGAGGGAGAACAUCUCGCAAGUUGUACGUGAAUCUGCUUCACUUAGCAAACCAAUCUUAGCCGAACCAAUCGAUUUCGAAGGAUUUAUCAUUAAAAAUAAAACGCUCAUUCAGAAUGACCCUCAGCGAGAGCUACUGCUAUACCCGAAUGACGAUGUAACGGAAGUGUUACUGCCGAAAAAAAUCCGCACCGUAACCAGCAACAUUCCAAACUUUACCAAAGCCCUUUCGGAAGGGAGCGACACGAAUGGCAGCGAAAACGCCUCCAAUGGGACCAACUCACAAGCUACUUCGCCGACCGGUGGCGGCCGAUCUUCUUCUCCCUACGUGAAUCUCCCUCCCCAAGGCCACUUGCUGACUCGUCAGGCGCUGCACACGUACGAGUCGGCGAACCAUUUAAUACACUACAAAUACAGCGCGUACGGUGGAACCUGCUUCGAGUUGCCACGAAUAUCGCCGUCGGAUGAGCUGAAAGAGGAACUGUACGAGAUCGAUACCGACCACGACCGGUUGGACGAGCAAAUGACUCGUUCGCAGGCGGACACGAUAGCGAAGCAGGGUUACCUGUUAAAAGGACCGGAUACCAACUCCGACCGCAUGUUCGCCCACAUUGGCUCCAAAUCCUUCAAACGUCGGUACUGCUAUCUUCGGCAGGAAAUCGAUGGUACCUAUAUUCUGGAGCUGCACAAGGACGAGAAGCAGGUGGAGGCUAAAACUACGAUUGUGAUGGAUUUUUGCACCGAGGUGGUUCCCAAUCCGAAAAAAGGCCGACACUGCUUCGAGCUCAAAAUGAACGCCGGUCAGCACAAAUCUUUUACCCUAGCGGCGGAUGAUGAAAUAGAGAUGGAGGAUUGGUUUAAGAAAAUCUCCUCGGUGAUUCAGCAAAAUAAGCUGCAAGAAGACAAGCGAGUUGCAUCCCUGGAACGAGCACCUCCUCCUAGCCCAAGCACUAUGAUGUACGGCACACUGAAGGGUCUCGAACAGAGUAUGAAUCCACAGCUGAUGAAAUACGGACGAGAGACAGAUAUGUCGAUUGCACAGGCUAGGAAGGAGAACAGAAGGAGACUCUUCGGUGCAUAUCAGCAGCAGCAACAGCAGCAUGUGCCGCACGUGAACAAGGUGACCACCAAGAUAGAGCCAUACCGGGAACAGUUUGGAAAGAGAGUUAUCGUGAGAUGUGACUCGCUUAAAUUUCGACUACAGGCACCACUCGACGGAAGCGGUGGAGCAACGAAUGGGGAUGGUGAAAUACCGCUUUGCCAGCUCGAACCAUAUCUAUCCAGCGUGUCGCUCUACGACGCCAAAGUGGGUCGGAAGCUCUCGGAAAGCUUCUAUUUUGAUCUGAACAAGGAACACGUGCGUGACAUGCUGAACGCCAGCUGUGAAUCGGAGAAACCUCACAGCUUUUCCCCGAAGCCGUCUAACAAAUCCCUACAGAACGGAAAUGGAACGAUGCGACACGCCAAAGCUCGCUGUGAUACAAGUGGCGAUUUGCAUCCAGAUGUGUCGAAAGAAUGGCUGGCCCAAGCGAAGACGGCCAUUUUCAGCGUAACGACACCCCACCCGGACAUUUUUGUAGUGGUCAGGAUUGAUAAAAUUUUGCAGGGACCAAUCAACCCUUCCACUGAACCGUAUCUGAAGGCGACAAAAGAUGUCAAAAUUUUGUCGAAGCUACAGAAAACCGUUCGACAGUAUGCGCAGAAAUGUGGCCAUUACCGAAUGCCCUUCGCGUGGGCAGCGAAGCCUCUGUUCCGGUUGUAUAGCAACGAUCUGGACACUUCGUUCGAUUUUCCUGCCAUUUAUAGGCAAGAAGCAACGAAGCUCAAAGACGACGAAUUGCUCAAACUUUUGGCGGAAUACAGAAAACCGGACAAGUUUAGUAAGUUGACCGUGAUUCCGGGAUCCCUGAAGAUCUACAUUGAGGUGCUAAACGAAAUUCCAGCAAAUUGUCUAACAACCACUCUGGUUCCGUUGAAACCUUUUCCCUCGCCACCAUCUGCAGACCCUACCCUGGAAAUAACUGAAUUCGUCAGCUCCUCAGAACAACAUUUAAACCCUUAUGCCUCUUUUGUCAAUCACUUGUACGUCUAUCCGUUACAUCUGAAUUACGACAGCCAGAAAGUCUUCUCAAGAGCUCGCAACAUCGCGGUGCUUGUGGAGUUGCGCGACAGCGAUACUGCCGAGGCCAAAUCGAUCGAGUGCAUCUAUGGUCGUCCUGGGCAACCAAUUCUCGUAUCACAAAUGUCCUGUCCCGUACUCCAUCACAGCACCUCACCAACAUGGUACACGGAGAUCAAACUAAGGCUACCGCUACGAAUAACAGCACAACAUCACCUGCUCUUCUCGUUCUUCCAUGUCUCGUGUAAUAUUGCCAAAAAGAAGGAUUUUGUGUCGACCAGCACUGAAACUCCGGUGGGUUACGCUUGGCUUCCGUUACUGUCCAAAGGAAAGAUGAACAUCGAGGAGCACAGUGUACCGGUAGCAGCAUCGCUUCCAGAAGAAUAUCUAUCGAUACAACCACUUGGACUUGGGAAAGGGCAGAACUCCGGCCCGGAUAUUCAAUGGAUCGAUAAUCAGCGGCCGCUCUUCACCGUUAAUUUUCGGCUAGAUUCAACCGUUCUAACAACUGACCAGCACUUGCAUAAUCUAUUCAUCCACGCGGAACGUUUGCUCGAACAGCACAAAGCGGCAGCCAUUCCGGCUGAAUCGGAAACGUGCAAAAUUUUGAAAGCCGCCCAUGCCAUCCACGUCAGCUCGUUGAUAACAUUUCUACCAACCAUCUUGAAUCAAUUGUUCACGCUGCUGGUAGCAACGUCAAGCGAAGAAAUCGGUCUCAACAUAAUUCGAUUGCUAGUCAACCUCUUCCAUCUACUGGCGGAGGAAGCGAAGAGGAAAGAACUACUCGUGUCGUACGUGAAAUAUGUAUUCAGAAUCGAAGGACACAGAGUGAACGGAUGUUCACCCACUUCCCAGCAAGUAACCACUGUCCAUGGCGAACUCUGCCGUCACCUGCCGACGCUUCUCCACCCAAACAACACCGACUUCUUGCUCGUGAAUAAAUUCAUGAAGUUUUCGGAUAUAUUCUUUGAAAUAAUCAUCAAAAGUAUGGGUCAAUUUCUGCUGUCCACCGGUCGGAUCAAAAUGCAGCGCAACGAGCGCUUCCCCAAAGAAUACUCCACCAGAAUAGAGUCCCUGUUUCAGGUGCUUCUGCCGUACCUCAGCUCUCGCCACAAAGAUCUUCCAAUGGAAACUGAGCAACUAAACCAAAGCCUCUCUGUGUUUGCCAAACGUUGUUUAACUUUCAUGGAUCGCGGUUUUGUGUUUCGACUGAUCCGCAUCUACAUGGAUCGCUGGGGCCCGGGAGAUUCACGAAUUCUGCAGGAAUAUAAAUUCGCGUUUAUCCGAGAGAUUUGCUCCCAUGAACACUACAUUCCACUGAACCUACCAUUCCUACUCAGUCCGAAUAAUCGUCCGCCAGAUCUACUGCAGCAAUUCUGCCUUUCGGAGGAUUUCUGUCGGCAGCACUUCCUCGCGGGGAUGCUUCUCCAAGAGGUGAAAAGUUCCCUGAAUGAAAUUAGUCAUACCCGAAGGCUCGGUUUGACGAUAUUGAAAGAUUUGCUGGCUAAGCAUGACUUGGACGAUCGUUACCAAAACAAGGGACAACUAAGUCGGAUCGCUUUGCUCUACGUUCCAUGGCUGGGGAUAGUGCUCGAAAAUCUCAAUCGCAUCUCUGACGGAAUGGAAAAGAAGAAACACGAUUCUAUUGGGACUAACCGAAUCUCAUGUAGUAGUAGUUACGUUUUCGCCAGAGAAUCCAUAUCGGUUAACAUCCCCGCCACGGUUACAUCCCAAACGAGUACCCCCAAGUCUCGGAGUAAUCGCGUAACGAUGCACCUCGACUGCCCAAGCCCGAUACGUUCGUCAUUGCAUCUGAAAGACACCAGUUUUCUGGCUGCGAUCGCUGGACAGAUGUCACUCUCCAAUGGUCAUUCGACCACUUCGCUCAACUCGGAAUGCUCAACUCUAUCUCAGGACGGAACCGUCGUGAUACGUAACAAUCACAGUGAAACCAAUGGCUCCGUACGACCUAGUCACGCCCGGUCUGUUAGUGUAACUCAGCCUACCAUUAUCCAAAGAACUGACAAGUUUACCCCAGCGGAAACCAAAGACAUGUUGAUGAGCUUCCUGUUUGUGGUGAAGCAUCUUUCCCCCGAUCACAUGAUCACCUGGUGGCACAACUGCACCGAGAGUGAGACGGUUCAGUUCUUCACGGUGUUGGAUCUGUGUUUGCUCUACUUUAGGUAUGUGGGCAAGAAAAACAUCCAAAUACAGCAAGAAGCAGGCAAAGAUUCGAGGUCCUCGAAAUCAGCAAAAGCAAGUACGCUACCAGCGCGGAUGAUGCCAUCAAAUGGAGAGCAAGCAAACUCGUUCGAUUCCGGAACGUUAAACCAUCCUCAGACUCGUGAAAAUCUCGUCGAAGAAACGAUACGUCUCCAAAGGGCUCUCUAUGAAUCGAAUCUAGCCACGGAGAUAGGGUUGACAAUUUUAGAUUGCAUGGGACUUUACUCGAUUCAGUUCCGUGAUUCGAUGCUGGAGAGCUCUGUUUUACCGAAAAUCGCUCGCGUUUACUUGCGCUUCCUCCAACUGGGACAAUCCGAAUCACUGUCGAAGCACGUAUUCGCAGCGCUGCGAGCUUUCAUCAACAACUUUUCGCUGGCGUUGUUCAAAGGUAAUGCCAUUCUGUGUGGUCAGCUUGUAUACGAGUUGCUCAAGUGCUGUGAUAGCCGUCUAUCGAACUUACGCCAGGAAGCGUGUGCAGUUCUGUAUCUGCUCAUGAGAAGUAAUUUCGAAUUCAGCGGACGGAAGGGAUUGACGAGGGUUCAUCUGCAGGUGAUAAUUUCCGUAUCGCAGAUGAUUGGAAAUGUGAUUGGGUUGAAUAAUGCGCGCUUCCAAGAAUCGUUGUCAAUCAUCAACAGCUACGCUACCAGUGACAAAGCGAUGAAGGGAACCGGGUUCCCAAUGGAGGUUAAAGAUCUGACCCGUCGCGUUCGAACCGUACUGAUGGCAACAGCUCAAAUGCAGGCUCAUCAUAUGGACCCCGAGCGAUUGCUAGAGCUGCAGCAUUCCCUAGCGAAUUCGUAUGCCUCAACGCCUGAGCUUCGUCACACGUGGCUGGUUACGAUGGCGCGGAACCACGAGCAGAACGGGAGCAUAUCGGAAGCUGCCUGCUGUUAUCUACAUAUAGCGGCGCUCAUAUCUGAGUAUCUUCGACUGAAGGGUUGCUGCGCGGUGGCGUACGGUGCGGAGUCUUUCGCCAAAAUCUCUCGAAACAUUCCUCGGGACGAGCGGGGAUUGAAGCUCGACAGUGGUGCACAGGAUUCUCAGUACACGGAACAAUUGCUGCUGGAUCAGUUGAAGGAAUGUGCCGAGUUUCUGGAUCGAGCCGAACGGCAUGAGUGCUUGGGUGAGUUGUAUCGGUUGAUUAUUCCGAUUUUGGAAGCUCGUCGAGACUAUCCGGGGCUGGCUCAGUGCUACGAGCAUUUGACACAGUCGUACAAUCGAGUGGUCGAGUUCAACAAGACUGGCAAACGACUGCUGGGCAGGUUCUAUCGGGUCAUCUACUAUGGGCAGGUUUAUUUCGAAGAGGAAAAUGGAGUGGAAUAUGUGUAUAAAGAACCGAAGGUAACCUCACUGAGUGAAAUAUCGGAACGUUUGCACAAGCAGUAUCGGGAAAAAUUCGGAAGCGAUAAUGUGAAGAUGAUCAUGGACUCAUGUCCGGUUGACGCAGCUUCGUUGGAUCCGAAACUGGCCUACAUUCAGGUGACGCACGUGACACCAUAUUUCUGCAAGGACGAACUAGAGAUCCGACAAACGGAAUUUGAACAGAACCAUGACGUUGAUACCUUCAUGUACGAGACUCCGUUUACACCUAAUGGCGGAGCUCGUGGUUCGGUUGAGGACCAAUGGAAGCGAAGAACUAUCCUGACAACAUCAUACAGUUUUCCAUACGUAUUGAAGCGCAUCCCUGUCAGGGAUCGCCAGUCACUCGAGCUAAGUCCCAUCGAGGUGGCAAUCGACGAAAUGCAGGCAAAAAUUGCGGAGCUAGAAGAAGUAGUCCUUGGCCCGAUCGAUCUCAAAAAGCUUCAGCUUCGUCUUCAAGGAAGUGUUGCCGUUACGGUGAAUGCCGGUCCUUUGGCAUACGCUUCGGCAUUCCUGGAUCCCAAAAACGACAUCAAGUAUUCGAUUGACAAAGUGGAAGAACUGAAGGAUAUUUUCGGCGACUUCAUUCGCAUCUGUUACACGGCGUUGCAAAUCAACGCGAACGUCAUUUCAUCGGAUCAACGCGAAUACCACAAUGCACUGAGGGAAAACUUCGACAAUCUGUGUUCAGCUCUCAGCGAUCUGCUGGGGGAAUUCCUAUACCCACUGGAUGACAGUAAUAACAACGCUCACCGCCAUAGUCUUGCCUUGUUCAGUGCCAUUAGCGGAGCACCUAACAAUUCCAGCACGGCUUAGAAAGGGUAUUAAGUGCACAAUUUUUAUCACAUAUUUCGUACGAAAGUAAUCGGAAACAGUUACACACAAAUCCAGAAACAACGCACAAUAGUUGUUGCACGGACAAAAUUUAUAUUCGAAUAGUUAGAGGUUCAUUCCACCUGCGGAAAGGUGCAAUACCUUUCAAUAAGUAAAUAUGAUUGGUUCGAAAAUUUAGACUAAAAAAAACCUGACAAAAGUGACUUUUAAAAAAUCGUUGACAUCUUCUCUUCGGAUUUCGCUUUAAGCGUUUCACGACGGCGUCUAAUCCCGAUUUUUCGAAGUUGGAUUGGCACAAUAAGUUCCAUUUGGUCUCGGAAAUGAUUUCCGCUUGAACCCGGACUGAUGUUCCAAGCGCCCAAUUUGUAUUUAUUGUACACAAAGUCUAACGUCACGCCAACUGUAAUUGCUAGAGCAGGCAAAAGCCCACAUUUUGGUGGGGGUGUUAAAUUAUGUAGGUACAAAAAUAAUAAUUAAUCGAGACACAAAAAAGAAAACCCCACACACGGAAUUUUGGGUGAUUUUGACGCGAAUUACCGCGGUCAAAAACCACCAGGAAAAUUUCAAAUUGGAACUUACCUCGCAUAACUUAGUUUCAGUUUUUCAGUCCUUUUCGAGCGAAUAAAACUAGCAUUGGACGAGAGUUUUCCGCUCAAAAUAAAGGGUCUCUCUCUCUCUUGAAAACAAAACCCCUUUAAAAGUAGUAACUUGUGUUAUUGUAAUAAGUUUUAGUUGGCCUCACUGUCCCAAUCUUUCUUUUUUAUAUGCAAACCUACGAAAUAGCUUUCGUUGUCAACGAUAUUAUAGACGGAUUUCGCGCCAACUCGACCAGAUGUUCGCAUGACCCUCUUAAGAUUGAAUGAAACUUUCUGGGCGUGAAGACCUUACCUAAUUAAGCAUCUUGACAAACUUAGUUUUCCGAAAAUUUAUCUAGACUAUAUGGGAAGCGCUAAAUAUUUUUGACAAUUUUUUUAUAAAAUUUUUUUACUCGAAAAUGGUAAGUCCUACAAAAAUGUGAUCUAUGGAAGAAUUUUUGGAAAAUAAUUGAAUUUUUAGAAAAAAAUACUGAAAAAAUAUUUUCUGAAAUCCUACAUUGAAAAAAAUCGAUUUUAAAAACUAAAAGUCGAUUUUCUCAAAAUGGUCAUCUCCGAUUUUGAUGAAAUGGUAGAUAAAUAUGUACCCUACAACCCUUCCUUACAUCGCAACUUGUGCAUAUUUGGGGCAAAAAAGUUUUUCUAACAAAAACUUUUUCAAUAUUUUAUUGAAAUUAAGUUCAUUUCUUUUUUCAGUACAGAAAUCCCACCCAAAACAAAAAAUAAAUAAAUAAUAAUAACGAUAAUGUUGAAUAAAUGCUCUAGAGGUCUUUAUUUCGAAUCAAAUGUGAUAAAACUUAUGACAUUUUUUGACAUUAAAUUCAUUUUUAUUCCUUUGAUCUUAUACUAUGUACAUGUUAACUUAUAUUCUAAGAGAUCCAAUCAUCAUAUCUUUCCAAUUUUUUCAUUUGAAGAUUUUAGGAUCAUCUACUGAAUUUGAAAACCUUUCAGCUGCGAUUUCAUUUUCAUCUACAGGAAUAAAGCAAUGAAUUUUUUGUGUUCCCGAUAUUUUUUUCGCGUGAUUGAAUAGUUCCUCAAGCUCACUCGCCUUUUUUAUUGUAUGCUGUUCUUUAGAUAAGUAACAGAAAUUCAAGUUCGUGAUACAUUUGUCAUUUUGUUUAACUGCCCAAUCAUAAACCUCUAGUGCUGUUUGGAUUUUGUUCCCGAAAUCUUGGGUAAGACAUGCUCUCUUUGCUAUUCGUUAUAGAGUCACUCCUAUUGCAUCACAGAGCCGUUUCCCGUGGGAGAUGGCAAGGAAAUGCCAUUCUGCUUUUAGUCCGUACACUUUUUUUAAAUUACACAGACUGGCGAAAUUCUUUUUGUUUUUGUAGUGUGCUGCUGCUUCAUCAGACAUGAAAGUUAUUUUAUUAAAAUCAUUAUUUUUCUGACAAAUUCUAUCAAUUUUUCUCUAAACAACUGCACUGCCACAUUUUGAAGGCUUUACUAAAAAUACGCGUUAUACUUAUUACAAAAGCACAUAUCUGAAUAGCACGAUCACUACUGAGCCGGCAUCCGGUUUAGCUUCUGACGUCUAUCUGGUGGCAGCAUGUAGCUGUCACCGAUGAGCCCAGCAAGAAAGUGAUGGGGCUGCACGCAGUGCUCCCAGCACUUCUGUUUCAUUGCCGCAACACUCUGAAAAAUCACAAAUUACUAUUAUUUCUCCUUGCGUCAAAGAUUCUUUUUUAUCUCGCAAAAAACAGAUUGCUGUUUGUAAAUAAAAUCAUACUCUAUGAGUUUGUCUACUUUAUCAACGAAAUAUGUCACAAAUUCAUUGAUUGGUUUUAAAAUCGUUUCCAAAUUACAACAGUCUUUGGUCAGCUAUUAUUGAAAAACAAAUUAUUGAUUUUUAUUCUUUUCCCCUUUCCUCUAAUAGAAGAGUUGUUUCUUCAUGAACUGAUGUUUUGGAAACACAAUCCUUACAAGCACAAAGAUGGCAAUCUGUGGCGUUUUGGAACACUACAUAGCAUUUUCCCAUGACUACUGUAUGCGAAAUGGUUAUCAAAUUGUUAUCCAUUAAUUUUACAUUUUCAUGAAUGGUACAUUCACAAAUAUUGUGGGAUCCUGUACUAUCAAGUAAUAUACAGUGCAUUGGUCUCAACUGGUCUAACUUACGGUUAAACUUGGGGUUGUUAAUACCAGCACUGCAUUUGUAAUCCUUGCAAAUCCUGGAUUGUUAAAUUCUGAUGAUUACGCAGAAACAAAAUAAUGCUAUUUCUUUUCCGCCACUUUACAUUCGCUGCCGGUCAACGACUGCAGAGCCAUUUUAUUCAUCUUUUAGGUAUCUAUACAAUCCAUUUCUUAUUAUCAUAUCUACAGUGACUCUUAAUAGAUAUCUAAAUCUACAACAACUAUUCGAUACCGAUCGAUUGUAGGAUUUACCAUUUUCGAGUAGAAAAAAAUAUGAAAAAAUGAUUAAUAAUAUUUGGUCCUUUCCAUAUGUUAGUCUAGAUAAAUUUUCGGAGAACUAAGUAUGCCAAGUUGCCUAAUUAGGUAAGGUCUUUACGCCCAGAAAGUUUCAUUAGGUUCUGAGAGGGUCAUGCCAAUCCCAUAGACGAGUUGGCGCGAAAUCCGUCUAUAGAAAAAAACUCUAAUAUAACAUUAAAUAAAAUUAAAAUACAUCAAAUCAAGACUGCAGAAGUAAUGAAACAGAAUCAAAUUAUCUUGAAACUACCAAUUAUACACACGUACAAUGUUUCUUGAUGUGCACCGUUCAUCGAAGGUUUUACACAAGAAGAAAUCUCGAUAUCCGCUAGUUGUUCAAAUUAGUCUGUGGCACACAAAAGCUCAUCUGCUAUCGAUGUAAGUUUACACUUUUACCUAGUCACUAAAUUGGUUAUUCGUCUUUCUCGAAUAUUAUAUAAAUUUUACGUUCGCUUGCUAACGCUAUGUGUAAAUCUAUGUGGUAUGUUGUAAAUAUCUCCCGCUCGGUAUUAUUUAAGCAAAAUUGAUUAACUUAUAUCGUACGAUUGUUGUUUUUUGCUCUAGUUACUUGACUCUCACUAACAGAGUCGCUCAGAUGUAAUAUGUAUUGUUAUCACGUUAAGGUAAGUGUUUAUUUUUGUUUUGCAUCUCCUGAAAAACUUCCACUCCCAAGCUAUGCACGAGCUUUACAGUGACUCGUGUUCAAAUCCCUUCCGAUUUCCCCCUUUUUACUAACCACAUUUCUGUGAAAAUGUGUGUGGAAUAAGCAUAUUCGAAACAUAUAUAAUUAAGUGUUGAUAGCCGCAGAGAGCGGUUUUAUAUUUAGUCAAAUGGCAUCUGAAAAAUGAACAAAUCAUUACUAAGUAUAUCGUGGUUAGGGAUAAGUAGGAUUUUAUUGUCUACAGCAAGUAAAUAUACACUCAAAUAUUAAAACGUAUAGCGUAACGUUGGAUUGAUCAAAUCUAGCGAUACGAUUUCGACGGACGCGAGUAGUCACAUUGAAGGGGAAACUUAUUGACGAAAAGGGAGAAAAGACACAUAAAACCCUUAUCAAGCGCAACACUAUUAUCCAAACUGUGUUAUUCGAAUGUUGUAUUCAUAAGUAAUGGAAACUAAGUAAAUAGCCUAAUAAAUAA